CAUCUCUUUUCUCCAUGUACGCCGCGUCUGCCUUCAGACUCAGCAUUUACAGGCUCCGCAGCCCACAGGAAAUGAGCUUUACACAACAGAGACCCUGCUGAAGAUUUGAGUCUUUGUAGAAACACUUUCAUCUAUGAUUUUUGGAUAUCAUCACUCUAAAAACAGCUUAAAAAAAGACAAAGAGGAAAAAGAGAGCUGUAUGAUGCAGAUCUCACAGCUUCUGUAUGUACAUAAUUGUGAAGAAAUGUCCACUGACAGAAUGCCAACGAGCUUCACUCAGUGUACAUUGUGCAGAUCAGUGAUCGCUUUUGGUUAUGGAUGGUGAUUUGCGUCGACAGAUCGGGAGUCUUUGACGAGAAGGGAGGAAAGAGAGGGAGAGUAAUAAUUUGGAGUGGAUUAUUCCCUCCUCCGUGCAUGUUUUUUCCCCUGCUCAUCUCUCCCACAGAUCGGCACAGCAGUUAAUGCAGAGUAACGGAGAAGAGAGGAGGACAGCGCUCAUGCAUGCAGCCCGGGAAACUUGCAUUUCCUACGAGCCUGCUGAAUGCCAUUUGGAUUAGUUCUCUUUUUGGGUCUUUCACACGAGGAGAACUAAGACAUUGUAAGUCUGCCAGGAUCUGGUAUCCGAUGAAAAGGAGGGAGGGGGGGCUGAAUUUGUACCACACUGGGGUCUUUUUUAGUUUCGCACAUAAUUAGUGUCAGCACAAAGGGAUCAACUGAAUAGAGGUUGUCAGCCUCUGGAAAGGGGAUAUUCAUGCUAAUGGAUUUCCUCCUAAUUGGUCUGUACCUAAAGUGGCCGCUAAGGAAGCCUCCUGGGCUGAUACUUUGCUCCCUGGGCAUUAUUCUGAAAAUAGUUCCCCUGGUGGGGGCAAGCUGUCCAAGGCCGUGCCGAUGUGACAACAAGCUGUUGUAUUGUGAGGGGCUCAACCUGACCGAUAUCCCCCAGAACCUGAGCAGUAUCAUUGGCUUGUCCCUGCGUGAAAAUAAUAUCUCAGAGCUGCGGGAGGCAAACUUUGUGGGCCUGUCGCAGCUUACCUGGCUCUACUUGGAUCAUAACAAUAUUGAGAUUGUGGAGGAGGGUGCCUUCGAGAGGCUGCGAAGGGUUAAAGAGUUGGAUCUGAGCACCAACUGGAUCGAGACCCUGCCCAACGGGACCUUUAGACCUCUGCCCAACCUGCGAAUAUUGGAUUUAUCCUAUAACAGACUUCAAUCCUUGGAGCCAGACCUUUUCCAUGGCCUUAGGAAGCUUACGAAUUUGCAUUUGCGCCACAAUGCCCUUAAAUUCAUCCCUGUGCGUAUAUUCCAGGAUUGUAGAAGCAUGCAAUUCCUUGAUCUGGGUUACAACCAGCUGCAGAGCCUGGCGCGCAAUUCAUUUGCCGGACUCUUCAAGCUCACCGAGCUGCAUUUGGAGCACAACGAGUUGGUGAAAGUCAAUUUGGCCCAUUUUCCCCGCCUCAUAUCCCUGCGCACCCUCUACAUGCAAAAUAAUAAGGCCACCAUUGUGGUCAGCACCCUUGACUGGACCUGGGACCAUCUGGAGAAGAUUGACUUCUCCAAAAAUGAGAUUGAGUACAUUGAGCCACAUGUGUUCGAGAGUGUGCCCAACCUUAAGACCCUAACAUUGGAUUCCAAUAAACUGACCAACAUAGAUCAGCGGAUUUUGGACUCAUGGACAUCCCUGAGCAGCAUCACACUGUCAGGGAAUGACUGGGAGUGCAGCAGGAAUGUCUGUUCCUUGGCUUCCUGGCUUAGCAACUUCCAGGGACAACGUGACAAUGGCCUCUUGUGUGCCAGCCCGGACAUUGCACAGGGUGAGGAUAUUCUGGAUGCUGUCUAUGCUUUCCAGUUAUGCGAGGAUAAUAUAGACAUAACCACGCAGACCUUCACCACCACCAAAAACCGGGCCAAAGGUUUUAUAUACAAUAGCCCAACACGAAGCCCCUAUGACCUGCAGGAUGUGGAGGGCGGGGAGGUGGUGACCAACUCCUUAACAGUGACUGUGUCUGCUGAUGAUCUGGAAAGCACCAUGCAGAUCCAUAAGGUGGUCACAGGCACCAUGGCCCUAAUUUUCUCCUUUCUGAUUAUUGUCCUCAUGCUCUACGUGUCUUGGAAAUGUUUCCCAGCAGGCGUAAGGCAACUGAGGCAGUGCUUCACCAGCCAGCGUCGCAAGCAGAAACAGAAGCAGACCAUGCAGCAGAUGGCUACUACGUCUGCAUCCGAGUACUACGUCGACUACAAACCCAACCAUAUUGAGGGGGCACUUGUCAUCAUCAAUGAGUAUGGCUCUUGCACAUGCCAGCAGCAAGCAUCUCGAGAAUGCGAGGUCUGAUUCCCUACCCGUGUUGUUUUCAAGUCAAUGGUUUCAGUGUAUUGAUAGAUUUGGAACACACUUUCACUUUGCACCUCAUUUUGCUGCUUUAAGGAGGAAGCUACAUUUCUGAAGUGCAAUUGGACAGAAAAUAAGAUUUAGUGCUGAUUUCUACAGCCUCAAUGCCUUGCGGGGGAAUCUGACUGUGAGACCAGUGUACUUGAUGCAAAAGAUGUGGAAUAAUUAUGCUGACCUGUCCUGGGUUCUCUCGUGAAGAGUGGAUAUUUGAGCUUUAAUGUGUAUUUCUACUUCAGGAUCUUCUAGAACUUUCUAAAGCUACUGAGGACAUCCAGAACAACAUUUUAAUGUGGUAACAAACAUACAGACAAAUGAAAUAAAAUAAUAAUAAUAAAAAAAAAAAAAAAGAAUCCAUUAAAAAAUUAUUCUACAGUAUGUAAAAUAUGUUAAAAGCAGACAUGCAAGAGUGGGAAUAAAAUGCAAGAUGUUAUCCUAUUUCUUUUGUAAACUAAGAAGAAAAAAAGGGGACAAUACAAAUGUUUAAAUAAAUGAAUUGCGAUUCACAGUA